ACAACUCAAGAGAAACCCACAAUCUUCGAAAUGGCUCCUGUGCUCAAGAAAUACAAGGCCGCAGCAGUCAAUGCAGAGCCCGGAUGGUUCAACCUCGAAGAAUCUGUCCGACGCACCAUCCACUGGAUCGAUGAGGCCGGCAAGGCUGGCUGCAAGUUUAUCGCAUUUCCUGAGCUUUGGAUCCCUGGCUACCCCUAUUGGGCCUGGAAGGUUAACUACCAGGAGAGCCUGCCUCUUCUAAAGAAGUACCGGGAGAACAGUCUCCCUUCCGACUCGGAGGAAAUGCGUCGAAUCCGCGAGGCUGCGCGGAGCAACAAGAUCUUCGUAUCUCUCGGAUACUCCGAGGUCGAUCUUGGCAGCUUGUAUACAACUCAGAUUAUGAUCAACCCGGCUGGAGAUAUCAUCAACCAUCGCCGCAAGAUCAAGGCCACCCACGUCGAGCGUCUGGUCUUCGGUGAUGGUACUGGCGACACUACCGAAUCAGUCAUGGAUACCGAAAUUGGUCGCAUCGGACACCUGAACUGCUGGGAGAAUAUGAACCCUUUCUUGAAGGCCUAUGCCGCCUCUCUUGGGGAACAGGUCCAUGUUGCAGCUUGGCCUCUGUAUCCAGGAAAGGAGACCCUCAAGUACCCGGACCCUUACACUAAUAUCGCGGAAGCGAAUGCCGACCUCGUGACUCCCGCCUAUGCCAUCGAGACAGGUGCUUUUACUCUUGCGCCUUGGCAGACAAUCACCGCGGAUGGUAUCAAACUCAAUACUCCUCCCGGAAAGGAGCUUGAAGACCCCAAUAUCUACAAUGGGAAUGGUCGCAUCUUUGGUCCCGAUGGUCAGAAUCUCGUUCCCCAUCCCGACAAGGACUUCCAGGGCCUGCUUUUUGUUGACAUUGAUCUCGAUGAAAUUCAUCUCACCAAGUCUUUGGCCGACUUUGGGGGACACUACAUGAGACCUGACUUGAUCCGCCUGCUGGUCGACACUAAUCGCAAAGAUCUGAUUGUGCACGAAGACCGUGUAAACGGAGGUGUCGUUUACCAAAAGACUGUGGACCGUGUUGGACUCUCUAAGCCCUUGGGUGGCACAACCGAAGAGUCUACUAGUGAGUGAAUGGGCCGUGCUGUAUCUGAGAUAUAGGCCCUCGAGGCUUUCCCCUCUGGGAUUUCAUCUCUCUGAUAUCAUC